UGAGUGUGGUUGGUGCGUGAGAGAUUAGUGCUGUUUACGAAGUUUUCUAUUUUAUCGUCUUAGAUUCGCAGUAACGAUAAAAAUAUAUUAAUACUAUAAACAAGUGUUACCUUUGUAAAUUUGCCAUCCAAUUUAAUCUACUAUAUCAGCAAGUUUGACUGAAGUAAAGAACUAGUUGCUGUAUCAAAUGUGGCCGCUCUUUCUCUAGCUACGUUUACCAAUGUGCGAGACACUGGCUUUGCCUCUACCUCAGGCGCACUCUAGAGCGGACCAUGGUUUCUCCUUCUAAAAAGAAGUCUGUGCGAACAAAAGCAACGAGCCGCAGCAAGAGAAGUUUUCAUUGCAACAAUCAUCAGUUUCCUGCCUACCAGCCCUUAGCAUCGUUGAAGUUCUACCUUCACUUGACUGGAUACAAGAAUCUUGCUGACAUCACUGCUGAUAUUAAACAUCUUGGUGGAGAGGUGGAAGAGUUCCUCAGUAAAGAAGUCCAGUACAUGAUUGUACCCACAAAAUCAGUAACUUCAUCAGGACCUUCAGUGUCUCCAUCAACUGGCGACACUCUCUCUCCUUCAACCCUCCCUGCAGUGUUUGUUCCCUCACCAAGUUCCCUCUCUCCGUAUCAAGGAGGCAGCCCUGAUAGUUCAGCUCCUAUCAUCUCGCCACUACCCCCAACACCCACCUCUACUUCACACAGUCCUCAUCAUCCACCUACUCCAUCUGAUCAAACACGACGAGUGACAAGCCGUGCAGCAGCUCUCCUGGUGAGGGCUCGUUUCCGCAAGCCAGGCCCCAGUGACGUCAUCAGCAAUGCCAAGCGUUGGGGUGUGCAGGUCUGGACAUUAGCAAAGCUACAGAGUUAUAUCAGUGAGUUGGCAAGCGACCCUCGGUACAAGCCUCGCACUUCACCGCAGACGCAGAAACAUUCAUCCACAGCUGCUGUUCUGCAUCCUUCACCUUCAUCAGUGAUCAAGGAACGUACUAUUUUGUCACGACCUGCCGAAAGAAACACUCCCAGAUCCAUUAAGUCUUCUGCUUCGCGCGGUCAGCACUCGGGAGAGGCAAAUAAUAAAAAGCCUUUCAUCAAGCUUGAAGACUUUGCUAAGAAGUACAGACCUCUAUUCAAAGAAAUAUCCAACUGGCCCGCUUUAACUAUUGAUAGUUCUCGAUCGACGUGCCCAUUUGCUGAAGGCUUGCCUCCCCUCUUCCCCGUCUCCGGUAAGAACAAAACACCGCAGGCCAAAGGAAAUAACUGUGUAUAUUCAGUGAACUCCCGCCCUCUGAAAUCACCCGCUGGUCUCCGUCAGGAGGAGGACAACGGAGAAAGUUUUGCUACUCCCAACCGGGUCUUCAAUCGCGCCGAGCAUUGCAGCACCCCUCAAGCUGUCAGAGGCGGUGUAUCUCGCACACGACGUAACAGCGGCGGUUACUGCGAACUCUGCCGCUUGCACUACACAAGCCUGCGGACGCAUCUGCUCUCCAAUUCCCACCAGAGUUUUGUUACCGACGCGUCCAAUUAUGGCGAGCUUGACCAACUGAUCAGCCAGGUGUCUGAACUGCAGUCAGGCCUCCAACAAUCCGUUAACAUCGUGAAAACAAAAAGCUUGUAG